UUCUCUAUCCCUCUGUCCUCUGGAUGAAGGGCUGCAGCACCAGGGCUCUAAGUUGGAUGCCUCUCCCAUCGAACUGGAGGAGCGGCACCCCUCCUCCCUCUUCUCUGGCUAUCUUCCUGCUCGCUCCUCCCUCUCCAGUGCCCUCUCUCCUUCCUUCACUUUCUAACCCCCUUGCUCCCUCUCCUGCUCCUCCUCCUCAUCUCCCCUCAGCUGUAGAUGCCCUCCUCACUUACACUAUGGACUCGGGAGGGGAAGGAGAAGAGGGUUGGAUGGAGGACCAGUGGGAGAAAUGGUUGACCAAUGACAUCAGCUUGGAUGAGUUUGAAGAUGACGACCUGUCAGAGAUUACAGAGAUCACGGAUGAGUGCGGGACAAGCCUCAACUGCAAUGGCCCAGAUAUAAAGGGCCAUGUCAGGCGAGGGACCAAUAGCAUGUCGGGGAGGACAGAGCUGGGUGCUGUUGGCCAGUUUCAGGCAGAGAUGCUGCAUUUGGAACUCAUCGACGGUGCUGACGGUUACCACAGUGACAAAGAGUCCUCGAAGGCAUCCGCCACCGCACCACUGCCAAUCACUAAGGUCCCUGCAGCACCUGUUGCCAUGGAUACCUACCGGCCCAAGAGACCCACGACUCUUAACCUAUUCCCGAUUGUGCCGCGCACACAGGACACAUUAAACAACAACUCCUUUGGGAAGAAAUACAGUUGGCAGGAGAAGAUUUCAGGCUCGUCCUCGCCUCUUAAAACAGGUGAGCUCACCUCACCAUGUGAGCACAGCUGUCUAAGCGACGAGGACAAGGUGCAAGGCGGGGGAGCGCAGACCAAAGACCGCGGGACUUCCACUGAAGCCCCCUGCAGACACAGGCACACUUCUGGACAUUCCACAACGGCUGGGACUCGCUCCAAGCUUCAGGAGAAGCCGCCCGCGCCACCCCCACCGCAGAACUAUACACCAGCUCCUCUAAACCCAGCAAGGAGGGCGGAUGGAGGCGGGCUCCACCGGGAGAGGAUCCGCUAUCACACGGACGUUCAUAUAGAAUCCACAGAGGAGAUUUAUCUAACUCCUGUGCAGCGUUCUGCCGACCCUCUAGACCCUCCCAACGUGCAGGACCGGCCUUUCCUCUCGCAGCAGACUGAGCAAGGCCGCAUGUCCAUCAGCUCCGACACAGAGGGCCCACCCCCAUACCAGCCCAUCCCAGACCGGACAAACCCCUCCAUUUAUGAAGAGGACGAGGUAUAUGUCCCCCCACCUUCAUACACUUCAUGUGUAGAGUCCAUCAUCACGCCACCCGGCAUGGCUCACUUAGCCCGCUCCUCCCUCACGCUGGACCUCAGCCUGAAGGGGGCAGGAACGGGGGCUGGGGUCAUGCUGAGACCAGGAUCAUCUGUGGAGUAUGUGGACGCCACAGAUGAAAGCUACUGCGGGGAGGAUGAGGAUGUGGACAGGAUAAUAAUGGAUGAAAGUUUGGGGAAGGGGAGAGAAAAUGGCGGAGGAAAGGAGGGAGUAAAGAGGGAUGGCGGUGGCAGGAGAGUCCCACCAAGGACUUCCAUGAGCUCGGAGGCCAGUGGCCUUUCAUAUGACUCAGUAAAAUACACACUAGUGGUUGAUGAGCACGCUAAGCUAGAACUGGUCAGCCUCCGGCAAUGUUACCAAGGCUACAGUGACGACAGCGACUCUGCCACCAUCUAUGACAACUGCGUCUCUUCUCCCUACGAGUCUGCCAUAGGGGAGGAGUACGAGGAGGAAGAUGAGGACGAUGAGGACGGCAUUCAGAUAGGAGGAGUGCGGAGAGAGGCCACGGCUUGUCUGUCUGAAGACUCCACUCCAGAGGUUGACCUGCACUUCUCCAAGAAGUUCCUCAACGUCUUUAUGAGUGGACGCUCUCGCUCUUCCAGUGCCGAGUCCUUUGGUCUAUUCUCUUGUCUCAUAAAUGGAGAGGAGAGGGAUCAGAGCCACAGGGCCGUCUACAGGUUUGUCCCUCGUCAUGACGAUGAGUUGGAGCUGGAGGUGGAUGAUCCGUUGCUGGUGGAGGUCCAGUCAGAGGAUUACUGGUACGAGGGCUACAACAUGCGAACUGGUGCCCGUGGGAUCUUCCCAGCGUAUUACGCUGUAGAGGUGAACAAGGACACGGAGAGCUACAAAGUGAAAAGCAGUGAAUGGAUGGACAGAUACCGGCUGAAGUUUCUGGGCUCAGUUCAAGUGCCCUUCCACAAAGGAAACGAUGUUCUGUGUGCAGCAAUGCAGAAGAUUGCAACCAACAGAAGGACAACAGUCAAGUAUAACCCGCCUUCCUCCUGCAUCUUGGAGAUCAGUGUGAAAGGCAUCAAGCUUGCAGUUCAAGAAGAUUAUUAUGCCUGUGACAAAAGUAAUGAGUGCAGUCACUUCUUCCAGUUAAAGAACGUUUCCUUCUGCGGCUACCACCCUAAAAACAGCAAGUAUUUUGGUUUCAUUACUAAGCAUCCCGCAGACCAGAGGUUUGCCUGUCAUGUGUUUGUGUCUGAAGACUCCACCAAACCUCUUGCAGAGUCAGUAGGGAAAGCCUUCCAGUUGUACUAUAAAGAGUUUGUGGAGUUGUCGUGCCCGACAGAAGACAUCUACCUGGAAUAGCCCUGGCCUGCCUUUAACCACAGCCCAGUUUAGUACAAUACACUGUACCAUAACAUAAUGUCACAUGAAGGACAGAGAUCUAAAAAGAGAAUGAAAAAAAUUAACACAUCUGACAAACAAGCAGGAAAAGAAGGAUCAAGUAUUGGAUGAAACCUGCAAAGUGAAGAUGAAAAUGAGCCAAAGGAGGAGUGUCUUGAGAAAAGAAAAUAUGCAAAAUGGAGUCCGUGAAAAGGAUGGUGACCACAGGUUGUCCAUGGAAAGCACAAACAUAUCACCGCAGCCUUGGCAGCACUAGUUAGCCUGUAGCGUCAUCUCAGCAGGUGCACCACUGAAAGCCCAGGAGCCUUACUGGACUGAAUUUGCACCUGACACAAAAACAGCUGUGAGUUGGAAACAAGAUGAGUUUACUUUGACUUUAAAUAUUUAACGUACGAGCUUUAGGGAGGUGUAUAUUUACUUAAUGACACCAUCACACUGAAAAUUUAAACUAGAACUAAGUGAAUCAAAUCAAUGCAGGAACAGUGACCUUUAUCCUUUCAGCACACCUUAUAUAAAGGUGAUAUCCACAUUAUUUGAUCCACCCUAAAAUAUUAUGAAAGAAGCUACAGGUGGUGUUCUUUGCAUUCUUGGGUCCCUUUUAGAUGACAUGUAUCGAGCCGAACCUUGUUGUCAAAUCCAGACAACUUGAUCAUUGUUUGACAGAAGAAAAUGUUCUGUUCACCCGGAACAUUGAUGAAAAACAGCAGGUCGUGGUGUCCAUAGGGCUCUUUACACAUGAUCUGUAUAGGCUGUGCACCCUCCAAGGUUGGUCUCAAGACUACCAUGCAAAGGCACAAGUGUAGCAAAGGUUUCCCCAAACGCUUGUCAUGUAGCAGGACAGAACCAAACAAGGCUAGCAAAGACUGUAUUUCCAUUUGACACAAAGACCAGUAAGAGCCUAAUAGAAGCUGAAACGAUUUGUAUCAAUACGGUGAUCAACAUUAAGUUAGUCUGCAACUAUUUUGAUAAUUGAUUAAAUGUAAAAAGUAAUAUUUAACAUAUAAUGAAAAAGAUUCACUAGUUUCUCCUUCUCAAAUGGGAAUAUUUGCCCACUCUUCUUGUCUUCUGUUAUAUUAAACCAAAUAUUUUUAGGUUCUGGAUUCUUGUUUGGACAAAGCAGACCAUGUUCACUGUCAACUUGGACUUUUAAUGGAACAAACUAAUUAGGAAGCUUCAGAUGCAUUAAACCUUUUUAUUCCUUCGCGUUUUGCUUUACUGAGUGAGUUUUAAAUGCUGUGGCAAGGCGUAACCUAUAAGUGGUGUACCCAGCUGUGAGGUCCGGCAGCUUUACUAUCUCUUUUGGCAAACAAUAUUUAACGCAGAUGCAAAGUAAUCAUUUGCUACAGAUCGUGUGUAGAGGUCCUUAGAAUCAUAGCCCCUUUUCCACCAAUGCACCACAAUCAGACAAGGAGAGGGGGGGAUAAAUAAAAAACAAGUUAUACAUCCAAAGGAGAAGGCAGUAGACUAGGAUGCAAUGUCACAGUUGGUUUUCUGUAGGUUGAAGGGCAUUUUGAGAAAUGUAGGUCAUUACUUAAGGCAGGGUAGACUAAACACUGAAUCACAAAAACACUCCUUAAAUGCACUCAGCAUUAAUUGUUGAU